CAUUAUAAAGAUGAAUCCUCUAGAGAAUAGUACAUUCUUUGAUGUCAUUGCUAAUGUCGAUCCAUUGACAAGAGGAGCACAGAAGAUGGCCCAGUUAUUGGUGGUACUUGGCAAGGUUAUCAACAUGAAGAUAGGGUUGUUCAUGAACUCUAGGCGUAAGCUUUCAGAAGCCCCUUUACAGAGCUUUUACCGUUUUGUUCUGGAACCAGAACUGAUGUCAGGGGUCAAUAAUGUUCCGUCUCUUGGACCAAUGGCAAAGUUCCUGGAUAUCCCUGAAUCACCUCUUCUGACCCUCAACAUGAUUACUCCAGAAGGCUGGUUGGUUGAAAUCGUACACAGCAACUGUGACCUUGAUAAUAUUCAUCUAAAGGAUGGAUAUUUUCAAUUAAAAGCCAACCCAGGUGCUUGGAUUCUGAAAUUACGCCAAGGAAAAUCUGAGGAUAUUUAUCAAAUAGUUGGAUAUUUGUGUUUUUCUACUUUCACGCAUAAAGGAACUGAUUCUGAACCAGAAUUAGGACAUGUCAUUGUUGUAUUAAACAGCUUCAAAAGCAAGAUCCUUGAAGUGCAAGUACAAAAGAAACCAGAUAGAAUUAAGGAAGAUAUCCUUACUGAAAAAGAUGAAAAAAGAAAAGGAGUGUGGGAUUCCAUUAAGAGAAUUAUGAUGCUUUCUGUUUUAUGUAACACAAAAACACCAGUGAAAUUCUGGUUUCUAAAAAACUCUCUCUCACCAACAUUUAAAAUUGAUAAAUUUGAGCCAUUAUAG